AGCCCCUUAUAUAUUUUUGGAACUAAAAGGUCGAAUUAUUGCAUUUUAUUGUUUCUCCUUUUCUCUCUCUUUCUUUUCUUUAUUUAUUAGUUUAUUUUAUUCAUGUGGAAUAUUUCACACUUUUUUGGAGAUUCAAAAUGGACACGUGCCAUUUUUUUAACAAUACUUUUACAAGCAAUAUUAGCCAUCUUAUUUGAAGCUAUUAUAUUUCAAAACCAUGCAAAUCAAAUCAAUAUUAUUAAUGAAGAACGUUUAAAUCAAAAAGCGUUUGGACAGGCACUCUUCACUGCUUAUUCAAAUGCACGUUCAUUAUUAGUUUAUUUUGCUCUUUUUAUUAUAGCCCAAUUAUUUACAGUCGUUUUAAUAUUAGAUGCGAUAUAUCAAAAAAAUACAAUCCAAUUAAUUGCGCUGGUCGUAUUUGAAUUGGGUAUGAGUGCUUAUACAAUUAUUCAAUAUCAUCAAUCUUCAACUUUGUUCAGUAAUACAGAGGAUCCUAGUGUUAGUCUUGUUAUCGCCUUUUUGGGUGACACCUAUCAUGCUUCUCGUUGGGCGGAGAUUACACAGAUUUGUGUGAUGCUCAUCUCGUCCAUUCUUUUUACAUUUUUAGCUUAUAAACUAUAUCUUGAAUUUGGCUGGCAAAUAUAUAAAAAAAUUGGAGCAGAUCUAACAAUGAGAGAUCGUUAUAAAAUGUAUCAAAUCUUUAUGAUGCUUUUGAAGUUUGAUUUCUUUUUCUUUUUGGGAUUUUCAAUUCAAUAUUUAGUUUUAUUGAUUGUUGCAUGGUUACCAGAAGCAAUUGAUGCACAAGCUAGAUCCAAUAUAAUUAAAGAAUUAAUAGAACACAUUAUACUCAGUUGCUUAGUAUCCAUUGCUAUGUUGGUUUUUGCUUUUUUCGGGCUACGUCGAGAAUUGAAAUUACAUAUGUAUUUAUUUAUUGUAUUUUCAAUGGCAAGUAUGGCUUAUUUUAUUUAUAUGCUUGUUACUAUAUCUCGAAAUCCAGAAAGAUUCAUAGGAUCUAGAAUUUUUUUAACUUUCUUUUUAUGUGUUGAUAUGGUUCUUAUUUUGGCUUCAGUACCCUCUGCUAUUAUAUGUUUAAGGAAUUUCAAUCAUGGAUUAAUUAAUCAUAUAUCACAUGCUACAUCUCUUACUACUUCCUCUAAUCAUCCUAUGCAUACUACAUCUGCAAAUGGAGUAGAAAAAUAUACAAAUAAUCAAGAAAGAUGGUCUAUAGAAUAGUUUUUUUUUUUUUUUUUUUUUUU